AUGGGAAACUGUUUGGUCGGAAGAAACAAUGAAAAUAUUGCUGAAGAAGAAGAAGAAAAAUUUGAAGAAGUGAUGAAGAAAGAUUACAAAAGAAAAGAUCGAAAGUUGAAGAUUGUUCUAAGGAGAGAUGAGUUAGAGAAAAUCAUUCUUUUCCAGCUUAAUGCAGACGGUGCAAACAAAGGAGGAGACGCCAAGUUGGCUUCUUUUGGAGUUUUUCUUAGAGAACUAGAGGCAGAAAGAUUGGCCGGAGAAGCUGCGGCUGCGGUGGCAAAAGAAGAGAAGUCUAGCCGGAGAUUAUGUCGAAGGUGGAAACCGUCGUUGGAGAGUGUCAUUGAAUGGCCUGAAGAAAUUGUAGUGAAUGAAAUUGACGAAAAUGAAGAAGACAAUGGUGCUUACAACAAUGAUGAGCUCAAUCUUGGUCUCAACUCUCAAGUACUAAAGAUGAUUUAUCUAUCAUUUAUUUUCUGUGGUCAAAAAUAAAAGCUGAACUAUCUCUUUCUUAAUUUCCUUUCUAUGUAUUAUAGCUUUUCCUAAACAUACAUUGGGACAAGAAACUUUAUGUUGAACA